AUGUUGGAUUGUCGUUUGAAAUACGCUCUCGUGUUAAUCUUGCUCCUGCAAUGUGCCAGGCUCACGCUGGAACAACUAUUACUAAAGCAGCAGAAGGUUGCCAUGGGUUUCAAUUUUUCCAGCAUCCCAUCAUAUUAUUGUUGUAGGCUUCCCGGAAAUAUGAGUAUGCGCGCAGCUUCUGCAAACGGUUUUCUUACAGCCAUCAGCUGCAAGCAGCUACGCGCGACUGUGCAGACUUCACUUGACAAAAACCGUGGAGUAUCUUCAUUCCAGGCAUCACCAAGUCUACUGGAGUAA